AUGCCCGGCAUGCUCUGUCGCAGCAGCGGCUUGGGCCUCUCGAGACAGGCUCUGCUGCGCAACCAAGUCUUCGUACGGCGUAUCCAGAGCUCAGGGCCAUUCCAACCACUGCGGCCGCCUUCCCCCGCCGACCUUGGAGCACCGCGAGCUGCCAAGCAGUACAAACGCAGCCGGAAAUGGGGGCGUCGAUUGCUCAUAACGGCAGCCGUGGGCGGCGGCAUCUAUACCGUCGAUUCACAGGUAUACGCCUCGAGCCUGGGCCGAUCACUUCGCACGUUUGCCACGGCAAUGCUUGCUGCCCUGGACUAUAAGAUCAAUUUCCGACCGGAGCCAUGGACGGGAGGCUCCGUGGCUGACCUUCAUCUGCGUAAUGCCGAAAGGCUUUGCGAUCUGCUGCGGACAAACGGUGGACUAUACCUCAAGAUCGGCCAAGCAAUUGCCAUGCAGAGCGCGGUUCUGCCGCCUGAAUUCCAGAGAAUGUUUGCCAGGAUGUUUGAUGAUGCGCCGCAGGACGACUGGAAAGCUGUCGAGGCCGUCAUCCGAAAGGAUUUUGGCAAGAGCGUAGAGGAAGUAUUUGGAGUCAGCUUCACCGGCAAAGAGGGCUAUGGCGUCAUGGAGAGAAAGGCUCGCGCGAGUGCAAGUGUGGCACAAGUUCACUGGGCCAGGCUCCCGGAUGGCAGAGAAGUGGCUGUCAAGAUUCAGAAACCAGAGAUUGCAAAGCAAAUUGCCUCGGAUCUCUGGACUUUCAAGACUGUGACAUGGAUACUUUCGAAGCAAUUCGACCUUCCCCUCUACACCCUAGUGCCUUUCAUCUCUGAGCGCAUAGAGCUUGAGACAGAUUUUUUGAGCGAGGCCAAGAAUUCGCAAACGAUGCGCCAGCUGGUCAACUCCGAGAGCCGUUUGAAGGGACGAGUCUACAUCCCCAUCGUGUAUUCCGAUCUUACCACAAAGCGAGUCUUGACAACUGAGUGGAUAGAGGGUAUCAGGCUAUGGGAUAAGACGACCAUGACAUCGAGAUGGCUGGGUGGGCGUGGAAAAGGCAGCCCAGGGGCAGGUUCCCCCUUACCUCCCAUCGAUAUGGACCUUGCCCGACGCCAACUGCGUACAGAAGCCCACAGAGAGAAGAUUAAGCCGGAGCGCCAGGAGUGGAAGGGCUUGCAUGGGAGAGGAGGCCUUGGCCUGAGCACCAAGGAGGUCAUGACCACCAUGGUCGAUCUCUUUUCUGCUCAAAUCUACAAAUGGGGCGUUGUUCACUGCGACCCUCACCCGGGAAACAUCUUCAUUCGACGACUUCCUAACGGCCGUUCCGAACUAGUUUUGAUUGACCAUGGCCUCUAUGUGUACAUGACGCCGACGUUCCGCCAUCAAUAUGCAAGAUUCUGGAAGGCCCUCAUGACUUUCGACAACAAGGCCAUAGCUGACGUCACUGGGGAAUGGGGCAUCAAGGCGGCAGAUUUGUUUGCCAGCGCUACGCUGAUGAAGCCGUACGAAGGCGGCGAAAAUGUCAUGCAGAAAGACUUGAAGGAGUUGAAGGGCCUGACCAGGGCGGAGAAACACUAUGUCAUGCAGCGAAAGAUGAAGCAGGGAAUCCGAGACAUUCUCGCGGACGAAGACAAGUGGCCCAAGGAGCUCAUCUUCAUUGGCCGCAACAUGCGCAUCGUCCAGGGCAACAAUCAGUUCCUGGGCUCGCCCGUCAACCGCAUCAAGAUGAUGGGCGAGUGGGCAAGUCGCAGUCUUUACGAGGACCGCAAUCUUCCCUGGAUACAGCGGAUGAACAACGUAUGGCGACAUAUCAUAUUCAAGUCGGUCAUGACUGUGACGGACAUUGCGUUUUAUUUCUUCAAGCUGCGCCAGCUACUCGGCCUGGGUGGCGGCAUGGAGGAUGAGAUGGAGGCUCGCGUGAAGAAGAUGACGCAGUACGGCUUGGAGGAGACGCCCGAUAUAUUCGAAGGGUGA